AGAAUUUUUUUUUAAAUAUUUAUAUUUUUUAGAAAAUAAUGAAGGCUGUUGUACAGAGGGUGAUGUCAGCCAGUGUUAGUGUGGAUGGAGAAAUGGUUUCUUCUAUUGGAAAAGGGAUUGUAGCUCUCAUUGGAAUCCACAGAGAUGAUACAGUCAAGGAAGUGGAAUACAUCGUGCGUAAACUUAUCAAUAUCAGGUUAUGGGAGGAUGAAUCUGGGAGAAGAUGGGCGAAGUCUCCGAAAGAUUUAGAUUUAGAAAUUUUGUGUGUCAGUCAAUUUACCCUUUACCACUCCAUGAAGGGGAAUAAACCGGAUUUCCGGUCAGCUAUGUCUGGAGAUAAAUCCUUAGAACUUUACAAUCAGUUUUUAAGUCAGAUGAAAAAAGGUCACUCAGAGGAUAAAAUUAAAAAUGGAGUUUUUGGAGCCAUGAUGCAGGUGGAAUUGAUCAACGAUGGACCCGUAACCCUAGAAUUAGAAUCAUUACCGGAGAAGAGGUCCGAACCUGAACCUCAGCCUGCAGAAUAGACUAGUUUAUAUAUAUCUCCAGGUGUAUGAAUUACAAGAGGCAAGGAUAGCUUAAGCGAGAUAACAUUUCUGUAUCGGAGCUUUAUUUGAGAUUUCCAAACCCGAACCUGCAGUUUUAUUCAACCCAGAUCAGUUGAAAUGGUUUCCUUCAUUCAUUUCAAUGUAAUUUUAAAUAAAGACUGUGGUUACUGUGAUAAUAAAGUUAGGCUGCCAAACUUUCCAGAAACAAAUCGAGUUGAAGCAUUUUUCGAAGUGUUCCUUACACGAAUAAAUAGUUAGAUUUUAUAACUUCUUCGUACUUCUGAGAAAAACCAUCUUUUUCAGA